AUGGCCAUACAAAAAUCUCUCUCCCUCGCUUUUCUCCUCUUUUUCCUACCCUUUCUUUCUUCUUCCCAUGCAACAAUAUCAUCUGCAACAGCAGGACUGCCAGAAGCAGAGGCUCUCCUGAAAUGGAAAGCCAGCCUCUCACCAGCACAAGUUCUCCACUCAUGGUCACUUCCUGCUACUAAUGCCAGCACCAACACCGUAUCUCCAUGCAAAUGGACUGGGAUCUCAUGCAACAGCCUUGGAAGUGUAACAGAGAUAAGCCUACCGAGUGCAGGCUUGCAGGGUAAGCUCGACAACUUGAGCUUCCCCUCAUUUCCAAACCUCGUUCAUCUCAAUCUCAGUGGCAACACUCUCACUGGUACCAUCCCAGCUCAUAUUGGCGCUCUUUAUAAACUCAUGUCCCUCGACCUGUCUGCAAAUAGUAUAAGUGGAUCAAUACCCCUAGAUAUAGGGAAUCUUGGGAAUUUGAAUGAGCUAGAUUUGUCCAUUAACCAUCUAGAUGGUUCCAUCCCUUCCACUUUAGGGAACUUGUCAAAGCUUUCCAUCUUGAACCUGUACCAAAAUCGAUUCUCUGGCUCCAUUCCUCCACAAAUUGGGAAUCUAAAAGAGCUGGUUCAGUUGUCAUUGUUCCAGAACAAUCUGACCGGUCCAAUUCCUCCUGCUUUGGGUAAUUUGAGAAACCUUACACUGUUGUUCCUCUACAGCAAUCAAAUUUCUGGUUCAAUUCCUCCACAAUUUGGGAAUUUAAUGAAUCUCAACAUUCUUGAACUGUCCGGUAACAUUCUAACAGGUUCUAUCCCUUCCACUUUAGGGAACUUGACAAAGCUGACAGUCCUCGGCCUCAUUCAAAAUCAAAUUUCUGGUUCUAUUCCUCCGGAACUCGGGAAUUUAAUGAGUCUCAAUAUUUUAGCAUUGUACCGUAACAAUCUGACUGGUCCCAUCCCUCCUGCUUUGGGUAAUUUGAGAAACCUUACACAGUUGUUCCUCUACAGCAAUCAAAUUUCUGGUUCAAUUCCUCCACAAUUUGGGAAUUUAAUGAAUCUCAACAAUGUUGAUCUGGCCGAUAACAUUCUAACAGGUUCUAUCCCUUCCACUUUAGGGAACUUGACAAAGCUCUGA